AUGGCGACGGGGACGCCGCUGUUUGUUGUGAAUGGACACAUGGUGCAUUUCACAUUAUUUUUACUCAUUUAUACAGAGCUAUUGCAGUGCCAGCAAUUUCUAAUACCUUUUAAGGCUCCUUCAGAUUGCAGUGUGGAAGAAUUCUUCGAUGUUUCGAGUUUGUCGUGUGUGAGUUGCGGUUCAAACCAGCGCCAGAGCACAACAGGACUGAGCUGUAUUUGCCAAACUGGGUACAAAACUACGAAUCUCACCACUGAUAAACUGUCCAUUACAUGUGAGAAGUGUCCCAUUGACAACCCUGCUGUAACAAAAGAUGGGUUUGAUUGUAUUCGCUGUCCAAGUGGGCUCAAUGAUGAGGGCAAGUGUCAAUGUCCGCCAGGCAAUAUCCUCGUGGAAAGAGAUAUCAAUGGAAACCUUUUGGGUGACGCCAGGUGUGAAGCCUGUAAUGAGGACAAGCCUGCUUUAUCUGUACCAAACAUCGGCGGAGACAGGUGUGAGAGAUGUCAGGCUACCUUUAUUAAAACCUCCUGCACAUGUACAGCCCCUAAUGUACUGGCAGGAGGAUUAUGUUUUCCUCCAGGCAGCCUCUCCACUAAUGUGAAUCCCAGUGUCAACUAUGCUCAGUUGAAGUUCAAUGUCCAGUCGGCCUGGUUUGUGGAAAAUCUGUAUUCCUCUUCAGCUGCCUGCCUUAUCUUCUCCAACCUGACAGCAUGUCAGGCUCUCGGGAACAUGUGUGUGAUGAACAUGCACUCCUUCAGUGGUCUAUCCACUGAUGCCUGUGGUCUCUUUAACACCAUCUUUAGAUCAAGGGCUGCUCUGAGCUCCAUUCAAGACAUUUCUUAUUGGAGAGCUACUCUGCCGUGGCUUUACUAUGGGGAUGAACCAGGUCUGGCCAGUCGAGUGCUUCAAACUGAUCCUGUUCCCAUUACAUUCAGUUUCAGAGGAAAAAAGAAGAACACUGAAAUUCAGAUGCUUGCUGCUGUGUACAAUGUUCGAGGAGAGUUCCUCAGAUGGGAGAGUGUCGGACGUACUAACCUGCAGCUUUGUCCACAGCCAACUACCAAACAGGCAGCAGCUUUCAGCUUUGGAACUGCUUAUCAAGAAAGUUGUGAUUUUUCAUUAGCAGAACUGAUUGUUGCCCAUCCUGAACCAUUGUUCUAUGACGUCUUUAUGGACUUGGCUGGAAAUGAGGAGAGAAAAAUCCUUCCUUUGCCAACACUAGUCCAAAACCAGCAGUACAAUGGACGGUUCAUCAAUCAAGACACCAUGAGAAACUGGUACCUGUCUCGGCGAAUUCUUCUUGUCGACACACUGAGUGGAAGAGAGAAGAGCACAAUCUCUUCACCUAAAGUCAUUCGUGUAGCGACCAGCAUCAAAAUAAGGUUCCAGUUGGUGCCACGAACACAGGAGGGUCAGAUAUUUCCCCCUCUAAUGAUGGUGACCUACACAGAUGUUCUAGUCAAAGAUAUCAACACUCAAACAGUGUCUACAACAUUUGCUGUGGAGUAUGAGAUGGAUCACACUGAGGCGCGAACAAAGACAGAUACUGCUCUUGGGGUGAUGGGUGGGAUGGCUGUAAUAUACUCCCUACUGAAGACAGUAAGCUGGAAGAGGAGGAUUGCCUCUCCUCUCAUUGAUGUGGAGACGAUUGUCAAGUUUCUGUUGUUAUAUUCCGGAGAUUUGGCCAAUGUUUUCUUUGUCGUCACUGUGGGAACUGGCGUCUACUGGCUCAUCUUUUACAAGGCUCAACAGUUUGUAUCAGUGCUGUUGCCGCUGCCUUCUCAGGAGGAACAGUUUGUGACGUAUAUUGGCUGUGCCUUCGCCCUCAAGGCUGUCCAGUUUCUCCAUAAACUGAUCUUACAGGUGUCAGUUGAUAUAUUUCUCAUAGACUGGGAGAGGCCUCGAUGUAAAGCAAGCAAAACUGUGCAAGCAACGAAGGAGACAAAGCGUGACUCCUCUCCAGUCAGCAUCUGGAGAACCUACUUUGUGGCCAAUGAGUGGAACGAGCUGCAGACUAUCCGCAAAAUUAGCCCAACUUUUCAGAUCAUGGCUGUGCUCUUCUUUCUUGAAGUGCUGGGUUUCUCCAACCUGGCCCUAAGGGACCCCUGGUCAACUUUAGAGCGCUCCCCGCAGGAUUAUAGUCCUCCUUACAGCCAGAUACUCCGCUAUGCUCUGGCAGCCACACUUUGGCUCUGCAUCGGGCUUCUGCAGGUGAUUUUCUUCACUGUUUUUUAUGAGCAUUUUGUGGAGGACAAAAUCCGUCAGUUUGUGGAUCUUUGCUCUGUCAGUAAUAUUUCACUGCUACUUUUCUCCCAUCGCUGCUUUGGCUACUACAUCCAUGGGCGGUCAGUGCAUGGUCAUGCAGAUACAAACAUGGAGGAAAUGAACAACAAUCUAAAGAGAGAACGUGAAUCUUUAUGUGGUCAAAGGGGUCUACUUCCAAACACAGACAUCCAGACCUUUCAGGUGUCUUUUACAAACCAUUUGAGGAUUCAGUAUGACAGGAUACAAGAUUCACUCAUCAGGAGGAACAGACCAUCACGGUUGAUGGAUGCAUCCACAGCCAACUUGUCAGAGCUGCAGUUUAGAGCCUACAACACCAUGAACUACUUCCUGGGAUCUUUUAUAGACCAUGCCCAUCCUGACAUGGACUACAUGGUGAAGGACAAGCUGGCGUUGGAGAGGGUCAUAGGGAUGGAGUUCCUUGAACCUAUUGACAAAAGCAUAUUUUACAAUGAUGAGUCCCACUCUUUCAGUGAUGUGUUAUUUUACGGGAACGAAUCUACACUGCUGAUCUUUGACACUUUGUUCUUCUGUGUCGUCGACCUGGGAUCUCAGAGCUUUGUUCUUGCAGCUAUACUCACAUACGUGCAGCAAGUGAUUUUUCGCUUCAUUCGUAACGCCCUGGGAAGGCAGAACCUUGCCAGGAAAACACUAGUGGAUCAGAGAUUUCUGAUAUAAGUCUCUCCUGAUUUGAUUAUUUGAAAGUGUCUGUUUUAUAGUGAGAGUUCUCACACAAGAAAUAUUCAAAGUUCAUAAGAUAUGUAUCAUUUUUUUUAAAUAAUAUUCUUAAUUCCUUUUACAAUAUUUUUUACUUUUGUUUUA